AUGUAUCUCUCAAACGUCCUGUCGUUUCUGCCACUCCUGACGCUGGCCAAGGCCGCGGCCAUUCCCGAAUACACAGCACCAUCUCCAGAAGUUGACGAUACGACCGUAUACGAUGCUAUUGUUGUCGGCGGUGGUCCUUCCGGACUUAGUGCGCUGAGCGGACUCGCCCGCGUGAGGAGAAAUGUUCUUCUCAUCGAUUCCGGUGAAUACCGUAACAACGCGACGAGGCAUAUGCAUGACGUGAUUGGCUUGGAUGGCGUCACUCCUGCAUACUACCGCUGGCUUGCGCGGGAGCUGUUAGCUGAUUACAAAACCGUCACAUUGACUAAUGGUACUGUGACUGGUAUCCAAGCUGUGAAUGGCAGUGCAACUUCUUUCACAGUGCAGGCCACUCUGCCGACAGGCGAGAAGACCCUCACAGCGCGGAAAAUCGUCCUCGGAACCGGCCUGAAGGACGACCUGCCGAGCACUCCCGGCCUCCAGGAUAACUGGGGCAAGGGAAUCUACUGGUGCCCUUGGUGCGACGGCAACGAGCACGCCGACCAGGCCCUCGGCCUCCUUGCGCCCCUGGAGGAUAUCCCCGGCUCCGUGCGUGAGGUCUCCACGCUGAAUAGCGACGUCGUGGCCUUCGCCAACGGCACCGACACCCCCGAAGCUCGAGCCGCGACCGAAGCCUCCUUCCCUGACUGGGAGGAAUACCUGAAGCUGUCGAACGUUACUGUCUACAACCAGACGAUCCUGUCCAUCACUCGCCUCAAGGACGGGCACAACGCGUCCGCGGAUCCCAGCUUGGCCACUUCGCCCGAGUACGACCUCUUCCGUGUAGAUCUGGACGAUGGUACCUCCGUCGAGAGAGCCGCCUUCUUCGUCUCCUUCCCUGACGAGCAAAAGUCCACUGUCGGCGCGGACCUGGGCGUCACGCUGUACGGCGGCCGCCUGUAUGCGAACCCGGACAAGGGCCUCAUUACCAACAUCCCCGGUGCCUACGCUAUCGGUGAUGCGAACUCGGACAAUGUUACAAACGUACCCCACGCCAUCUACAGCGGCAAGAGGGCCGCUGUCUACGCGCAUGUUCAACUCGCUCGCGAGGAUGUUGCAGCCCAGCUUGCGGCUGCGAACGGUACUGCCGUGGCUGAAAAGAGGGACGAAUUUGACCUUGACCCGCGGGAUGUCUGGGAGCGUAUGAAUGGCCAACCUGGGGACCUUUUGUACGCUGGUGAAUUUUAA